AUGUCUAUCACUCACAUUGUUCUCUUUCAAUUCAAGUCAAGCACUGAUAAGGCGACUAUUGACAGUCCAUAUAUAAAGGCCUCAUCUGGUGGGCGGGACAACUCACCUGAAGGAAUCCAGCAUGGCAUUACGCAUGCCUUCGUGGUCGAAUUCAUCCUGCGCAUCAGGAAUUUAUUCGCAGCCUUGAUGGAAUAA